CACACAUAUGCUAAAAUUCUCACUCCAGGCUACACACUUGCUGUGAACGCCCCCCCCCCUCCAUCUCUCCCUCUGAUGCCAACAUAUGUGCCUCAAACGGGAUUUAAACCUCGGAGCUGCACACACCCGUUUUCUCCAAAACAGAUCCCCGCGUGAAACAAUUGGCUGCUGAGGAGGAGGGCAUCUUCUACCGACGUCAUGAUCUUUGCCUGCAGGGUCCUGACGGAGCCCCCUUGACCGAGUUAUUAACCCUAAAUGAUCGCAGGGGGCUCUCGGUAGGAGGGAGGUGGAGGAGGAUGUGAUGAUUAUAAAUCGGCGAUUUAACUUCAGCGGCCGUCUGUGAGCGCACAAGGUCUCCUCUGCUGCCGGCGGGCUGCUGUAGUGAGGGAGCAGCUCAGCGAGGAGGAGGAGGAGGAGGAGGAGGAGGGUGGAGAGAGAGAGAGAGAGAGAGAGAGAGAGAGAGAGAGAGAGAGAGAGGGGAAAAAAAAGAAAAGAUUUCAGCACUGGAGCUGUCCGCGCCUCCUGGAGAAGUCUCUAUCUGCUGCCAAGCUCUGCCACGCUGCUUCCGACUGUAAAUUUUCUCCGAAAGGGGGAAGGAAGGAAUAAUAAAAGUGCCCCUGCCAUCCAUCUGUGAGCGGAACGGGACCAGAACCAGGACCAGAACCAGGACCAGGACCAGAGCCGGGACCGGGACCAGGACCGGGGCGCGCACGCACUUCAUUCGAGCAGAGUGUUGCCAUGCUGGACGGCCGGGCUUGAGACAAGGGAAAGGACAAAGUCACCAGCAGACAGCAGCCUCCUCUUCACUCUCGACGCCAUGGGAGUGCUCAUGUCAAAGAAGCAGCAGGUGGAGAAGGUGCAGAAAGCCACAGCUGUCGUCUCUGCCUUCCAGGCGGGCAUUAAGGACCGCCAGGUCGCGGCCAAACAGGCAGAAGCAGAUGCGGAGGAGAGCGAGGGCCCUGCCAAACCACCGGCCAAUGCUGACGAGAAGACCACUGAGGAAGCUGAGCAAGAAGAGACAGACAAUAGCGCGGGUCCGUCAACCUCCCAGCAGGCCUCGGCGUCAGCCAAGGAUGAGUGUAAGGUCAACCAGGAGGCUUGGUCGAGGUUACGGGACGGGAAAGGAGUGGAGCCUGAGGACCUCGACAAGAGCCACCAGCUCACGCCGCCAGCGUUCGUGCGGCCCAAAAGGGAAGCUGACGAUGACCAGCCUGUGGAGGUGGAGCUGGAAAAGAAAGAACAGCCCACGAGUGACGAGAUGUGUGACGUGUGCGAGGUGUGGACCGCCGACGACCUGUACCCCUGCCGGAUCUGCACGCGGGUGUUCCACGACGGCUGCCUGAGGGAGCUGGGCUACCUGCGUGCCGAGGCCCUGCAGGAGAUGAGAGAUACAGCCCACACCGUUACUGGCUGGAGCUGCUACUAUUGUGAUAAUCUGAAUCUGCUCCUGACGGAGGAGGAGAUGUACAGCCUCAUGGAGACCUUCAAGCAGUGCAAGAUCAUACCAGAGUCAUGCCUGGUGUCAGAUGAGCUGCUGCAGUACCGCCACUUUGCGUCCAAGCAGCUGUUCGAUAAGGACCUGACUGACGAGCAAGAGGAGGAGGUCCUGGCCCAGUUUGCAGCGCUGGAUCCUGAGAAGAAGGGUCAAAUCGAAUGGUCGGACUUCCUCUACUAUGAGUCCCUGGCAGUGUUGAGGAAGUUACGCUCAGAGAACUCACUGGUUCGUCUGCUGACUGGUAAGGAGAGAGACAAGGCACGGUCAGUGUUCCUGGGUCUGGCCCUGGAUAAAGACGGCGUGAUCUCGAGGGCAGAAUGCCGCCAGGCCCAGCAGUCCUGGUUCCAGAAGCUCAACAAGGACUCGCAGUCUUGCAAUGUGAGACUCAUGGGACUCUGCUCUCCUAUGAAUUGUGGUAUUAGUCACGUGGGCCCCAUAUGUGAGAGCAGCCCAGCCAGCUCUGGCAGUGAAAGGAGCAACGAAAGCAGGCCGGUGACCUGGGCGGACUUUUUAAAGGAGAGUGCCAUCUACAUUCUGGCUGCGCGCCCCAAUAGCUCUGCCAUGCACAUCCGCCUGCCUCUAUAGUCCAGGAGCCCUCCGCUGCACCCCUGCAGAGAGAGGGAGAGAGAGCUAGAGGAUGCGCCCCACUGUCAACAGAUGAGCGGAGGAAGACGGACGCGAUGACACGACGACACGAGCAAAGGCAACCGAGCGAACCCCGGACGGAGCGCUGAGAGACAGCAGAUCAAGCCAUCGACAGAAUCUCUCCUCCUCUGCGUCACCUCGAGAAAAAAAAAACAAAACAAAAACACACCCACAACACUGACAACACACAACGCUGACUGACACACUGACGAUGCAAGUGACAGCGGCUGUCACAGGUUCCCGACUUCCCCCCCCCCCCCCCAAAAAAAAACAAAAAAAAAAACCCGACAGCUUCCCACAAAUGUGAGGGAUAGGACAAGGGUGACAACCCACCCACUCGCGACUAGUCAGUCAGGGAUAUUUCUAAAAGUUUUUGGGUUUAUAGUUCGUGCAUACAAUCAGACAAGCUCCUAGGACGCUCACACUCUGUACUAAAUGACACUACGCUCCACGCUGCCCCCCCCCAGCUUCAUAACGCGACCUCUCUGUGUGGGUACACAUUACUGUGACUGGCUGCUACUCUUUCAAGUAUUCACUCCUUUGGGCCUCAUGAUGUCCUAAUAAUAGUUCCGUCAUGCUACUGUAAUGGGAUUGUGUUAUUCACCGUCAGAGUUGUUAAUUACACUACACGGAGGCACAUGCAGAUUCAUUAUUGGUACUCUUUUGACGACUGGAUAGGCUUUUUUAAAAUUUUAAUUAUUUUUUUUUAUUUUGUGGGAGGAGAUUUAACCCUGCAGCUGCCACUAGCGGAACAUAUACCAAACAGGAAUGAAGGCUAUCUGCAUACGUAAUAUUAUAUGGGAACUGCUAUUCACACUGGUAUGAAUUGUUGUAAUGCAUAAAAAAAAAAAAAACGCUGUAUUUAUUCCUGUAUCCUCUAAUAUAUCCUCUGUUUACCCCCCUCCUUCCCCUCAUUCUAUAUCCUCUGUUCUCCCCCAUUCUCAUUCAAGAAUCAGUGUUCUUCUGACGUACUAACUGUGAAAAGGGAUGUGAAGUGAAUGUUAAUGAAAGCUAACCUUGUAGGCGAUGUGUAUAUACUGCCAUAUAGUGAAUUUUGUUCCUGUCGUGCUCAGAGCUGCACCUGGAGGAAGGUGGAAACACCCGCCCCCUCUGCUCAAGUGUCAUUAUUUUCACUGUGGAAAUGAGAUGGAGAUGGGCGACCGUGCGACAUAACCGCUGUAAUGAAUUGCCGAGAGGCCAUGGGAGACAUGGUGCAGGCGUUUGUCCUUUUUUUUUUUUUUGUUAAUAGGCAAAGAAAAUGAGAGGGGGGAAUUCUAUGAAGUUACAGGCUACACAACAAUGUAAAUGCACAUGAAACUGCUCGUAGACUCACUGGAAACAUACUGUAACAAAUAGAACUUCAUGUAGUGUUUAUGCCAUGUGAGGCAGGGUCGAUGCCAGGUCCUCUUAGUGAAUAAAGUAUGGUGAUGACAUGAAUCUUGACUGCCUUGAAGGGAUGUGUCACAGCGCUGAAAUAAAUGCAUGGCAUUUACUCUACUUCUUCA